AGAAAUCGUAUAAACAUUUUUUUCAAAUGAAAGUUUGUUUUUUUACGUAGAAUAAAAUUUCGUAAUAAAAAAUAUAUGUUUCUGUUUAAAAAAGCGAAGUUGAUCUCGACCUGACCUUGGCGGCGCUAUGCAAGGUCAAAUCAUUGGUCAAUAUCGCCUUAUGUUCCCUAUCGAACCAUAUAACUUUUGUCUGAAAUAUUUUUCCGUAUCUUCCAUAUUUUUUGAGAUUUUUGCCUGGGGUUUUAAAACGGGACCCUUGUAUAUUUAGUGUUUUCAACGCUAAUAAUAUAUAUAUUUUUUUUUGUUAAAUUUCAACGAUUUAUUAGCAUGUUUCAGAUAAUUGAUAAUGUAUGAUUAUGUUGUCUAAAUAAUAAAAAAACAACUGGCACUUCAUAUUUAUAAGGGGAACCCGGCAGUCUCUGAUUACCGAUUUUAAUAAAACAUUAUGGGUGUGUAGUAUUCACACAUACAUUAAUUACAGUAAAGCCGCAGAACUCACUAUUCAGCCAUUCUCGAGAAAAUGGCAAUAAAAAAAAUAAGAAUAUUUCCAGUACGUAUAAGUAUCGUUACAGAAGAACAAUUUCGAGUUGGCGGCGUAGCGUUUCUGGUAAGACGUUGAUUACUACGCUCAGGGUUCCAGGUUCGAUCCCCGAGGACGAGAUUUUUUUUCAUUUAAAUUUUAUAUUUUCAAAUUGUUAUAUACAAUUUUUUAAUCGUUUUUAAUUAUUUCAUAUAAAAUCUGUUAUUUUUUUAAAUCCAGGAAAUUAAAGAAUUCAAGGAAUUUAAAAAUGUUCUUUUAUUAUUAAUCAAAUUAAAAUUUCUCAUGAAUACAAAAAAUUACAAUAACAAUUUACAAUGACUGUUUUAAGAACGUCGUAUAAAUCGUUAUACCCAUAAUGGUCCCCACGUAAAACGGUUUUGUUCUUUUGUUCGAGACUUUAGCAGGUAUACAAAAUUUUUCGUCUAACGGAAAAACCGGUAGUAGCAACACAGUCGUCCUUCGAGUUAGACGUGCUCCUUGUAUUUCGCAAGAUAUAUUUGUGCUCAUUUAUUUGCAAUAUGGAUAUUCCGGGACUAUCAACGAGCGCUAGUAUAAGAGAAGAAGAGCAUCAAGAUGUUGAUAAUAAACUGCUCUUAAAAAGUGCUCUAAACAUAAGCGAGAAGUUGCUUGCUGAAAAUGAUUACAUUCCAAAGGAGUUCGUGAAAGAACUUUUAUCAGAAAAGGCAAUAGUUAUGGGCCACAAAAUAUAUAAUCGCAUGGUCGAUAUGGUUAAUGAGAUGCGUCUCGUUGAGGAGGAAGAACUAAUGCUUUCAUCUGAAGAAAAUAUUGAUAACAGUUUUAUUGAUUGUGCAUCAAUAUGUGCAUCAACAGAAGAAUCGUCAUCAUCACAUUCAUCCGCACUUUCGGAAGAGUGGAUCGAUUCUCCAAAGAAAAAAAAUUCAUAUCAAUAGAUUUAGAUUACAAACGGAAAAUUGUAACCAUGGCGAAAGAACAUUCUAAUUGGUCGCUACAAACAUUACAGAGAAAAGGAACACAUUGUUUAAAACAUAAAAGCGAUUUAAAACAAUGGGAAAAAGAUGUAUUAUCUGGUGGGACACGAUUUGAUAAACUGUCUGCCAUCAAUUCUUGGACACUUGAUCGAUUUAAAGAAGCUAGAGAAAAAUUCGAGCAAGUCACAACAAGAACAUUGCAACAAUGUGUAAUGGCUGCUGCGCAACAAUUCCUCUCCAGCACAUUUACAUUUUCAGCAGGAAAAACAUGGGCUGAUGAUUUUAAACGAAGAAAUAAUAUUCGGCAACGACGGAUUACUAAAUACGUUACUGAAAAAGAAGUAUGAGGAAUGGACGAAGUUUUGGCUGCUGCAGAUAGAUUUAGAAAACAAAUUGAACUACUUUUGCAAAAUUUUCACCAAGAUUUUAUAAUUAAUACAGAUCAAACUGGUUGCCAAUAUCAGUCAACGAUUGAUCGGACAUUAGCAUAUGAAAUCUGUAUUUGUUGAAAAGAAGUCUUCAUAAAAUUUCUCAUUUAUACACAGCCCAAUACGCAUUAACUUAUUCAGGAAAGCUUGUACCAAAAGUGUUUCUCUGUUUAUAAGAAACUGGAGACAAAUUUGGUCCAAUAAUACAAAAACAAGUUGAUGUUCUUGUUGAAUUUGGAAACGUCAUCGUCAAAUGUUCUAGAUCAGGAAAGGUAAUUACAAAUGUUUAUAAAGACUUCUUAAAAAAAAUAUUACAGCCAUAUGUAAAAAAUGAAAAGUUUAUAUUAAUAAUAGCUUCUUGAGGUGGUCAAACAAAUUCACAAAUAUACGAUGAAAUUUUUGUAAAUGAUGAGGAUAUUCUAUCUUGUCAAAUAAAAAUUAUUCCGCCAAAGUGUACUUCUUUAUGUCAGCCAUGCGACGUAUAUUUUUAUAGACAAGUUAAAAAUCUCAUCAAAAAAUUACAAAAUUGUACAUAUCUCCUUAAAGGCAAUAGAGAAAUAGCCAAUCGUGAGGAUGCUAUUAAAAUACAAUCUUUAAUUCAAAAUCGAUUAAGCGUACCAAACUUUUAUGACAUGUUAAAAUAUGCAUGGUUUGCAUCUAAAAUAACAAAUGAAAGAAGUCUUCUCAAAAACGUUUGUUUUCCAGAUUCUAUUAAUAAAACAAAAUGUACAGACUGUGUGUAUGAAAUGUCAAUGAUUUUAUGUGUAUGGUGCAAUGAACCAUUAUGUUUUAAUUGUUUUUAUGAUAAAUACUACCCUGAAAGCUGUAAAUUUAUUGUAAGACAGUCAUUGUAAAUUGUUAUUGCAAUUUUUUGUGUUCAUGAGAAAUAAUUUGAUUAAU